UUUGCUGUUAUAUUCUUGAAGUAGCUGAAGAUCAACACUUUUCACAGCCUUGAAUCUAAGUCCACCACCGUCCUCUUUCAGCCUAAGUGACAACUCUGUUCCUCAGUCCCUGCUAUUGUCAGGGGCGAUUGCAUGGGCUACGCUAGGAAAGUAGGCUGGGUGACAGCGGGACUGGUAAUUGGAGCUGGUGCCUGCUAUUGCAUUUAUAGACUAACGAAGGGAAGAAAACAGAACAAGGAUAAAAUGGCUGAGGGUAGACCUGGGGAUAUGGAUGCUACUGGUGGCAGGUACAAUGAUUGGUCUGAUGAUGAUAAUGAUGAUGAUGACGAUGACAGCAAUGAGAACAAGGGUAUUGUAUGGUACCCACCUUGGGCCCGGAUUGGAACUGAGGCUGGCACUAGAGCUAGGGCCAGGGCCAGAGCCAGGGCCACCCGGGCACGUCGAGCUGUCCAGAAACGAGCUUCCCCUAAUUCAGAUGAUACAAUUUUGUCUCCUCUAGAGCUGCAAAAAGUUCUUUGCUUGGUUGAGAUGUCUGAAAAACCUUAUAUUCUUGAGGCAGCUUUAAUUGCUCUUGGUAACAAUGCUGCUUAUGCAUUUAACAGAGAUAUUAUUCGGGAUCUGGGUGGUCUUCCAAUUGUUGCUAAGAUUCUCAAUACCCGAGAUCCCAUAGUUAAAGAAAAAGCUUUAAUUGUUCUGAAUAACUUGAGUGUGAAUGCCGAAAAUCAGCGCAGGCUUAAGGUAUACAUGAAUCAAGUGUGUGAUGACACAGUUAUGUCUCGCUUGAACUCAUCUGUGCAGCUGGCUGGACUAAGACUGCUUACAAAUAUGACUGUUACUAAUGAGCAUCAGCACAUGCUUGCUAAUUCCAUUUCAGAAUUUUUUCGUUUAUUUUUGGCAGGAAAUGAAGAAACCAAGUUUCAGGUUUUGAAACUCCUUUUGAAUUUGGCUGAAAAUCCAGCCAUGACUAGAGAACUGCUCAGGGCCCAGGUGUCAUCUUCAUUGGGUUCUCUUUUUAAUAAGAAGGAGAAUAAAGACAUUAUUCUUAAGCUUUUGAUUGUAUUUGAGAAUAUAAAUGAGCAUUUUAAACUGGAAGAAAAUGAACCCACUCAGAAUCAUUUCGGUGAAGGUUCACUUUUUUUCUUUUUAAAAGAAUUUCAAGUAUGUGCUGAUAAGGUUCUGGGAAUAGAAAGUAACCACGAUUUUUUGGUGAAAGUAAAAGUUGGAAAAUUCAUGGCCAAACUGGCUGAGCAUAUGUUCCCAAAAAGCCAGGAAUAACUUUCUUAUUUUGCAGACUAGAGGUACUAAAUAUUGUAAACUAUUAUUUUUCUUGUCCUUGUUUAUAUGAUAAAAGAAAUCUUACAGCCGCCAAUUUUGAAUAAUGAAUUGCAUCAUCAAUGCUCAUAUAUUCCAUGCUAGUCUUCAGGUUUAAGCUGGAUGAAUGAAUAUUACACUUGUUCUGAAAACAUGUUUGUCGCUUUUUAUCUUGUUGCCCAGAUUGAACUAUUUUUAUUAUUUUCUCUACAUAAAGGAGAGUGAAACAAUUCAUCCUAUGUGAGCUCCGUUCUGUCAUUUGUAUUAACUUUAUUUGUAUCUAAUAAAAAAAUUGUGUGUGAUUUCUGG